AGGCCCUCCUUCUCCCAGUAAAAAUGUACAAUCAGCUGUUCGUUCGUUACAGAGAAUCUCGAAAAACCGUUUCUUUCUCUUUCUUGACUCUCUCUCCCUCUCUCUCUCUCUCUCUCUCUCUCUGUCUCCAGUUUCUCUCUCUACCUCCAUGGACGACCAAAGCAACUCCACCGCCACCAAAAACAACAGCAACAGUGGACAGUUAGAGACGAGCAAAGCAGAGAGAGCGGUGUGGCUUAUGAAAUGCCCUCCCGUGGUCUCUCGUUCCCUGCAAUGCCCUCCUCCCUCCUCCGACGCCUUCGACUCCUCUCGCCCCGUCGCCAAGGUCGUUGUCUCCAUCGACCCCCUCCGCUCCAAUGACGACUCCUCUUCUCGUCAGUUCACCAUGGAAUUGGCGGGCACUGAAUCUGGAAAUGUACCAAAAUGUUACUCUAUGGACAUGUCUACAGACUUCAUUCCAAUGUCUGUGUUCUCUGAGUCAACCCAAGGAAAACUUUCUGUUGAGGGGAAAAUAUUUCACAAAUUUGACAUGAAGCCUCACAAUGAAAACAUUGAGGAGUAUGGGAAACUCUGCCGUGAAAGAACAAACAAAUAUAUGACCAAAACUAGGCAGAUACAGGUGAUUGACAAUGAUAAUGGAACACAUAUGAGACCCCUGCCAGGGAUGAUUGGUCUAAAGACUACUGGACCCAGUGAUAAGAAGAAAGUACCAGCAAAGAGUUCAGACAUGAAAAGAACGAGAAGGGACCGUGGAGAGAUGGAACAAAUUAUGUUUAAGCUCUUUGAGAGGCAACCAAAUUGGACUUUGAAACAACUGCUCCAUGAGACAGACCAGCCUGAACAAUUUCUGAAAGAUUUGCUGAAGGACCUGUGUGUCUACAACAACAAGGGAACUAAUCAAGGGUCAUAUGAGCUCAAGCCGGAAUACAAGAAAUCUGUUGAGGAACCAGAAUCUAUCUAGCUGCUACGAUCCAACUCCAAAUUGAAAGACUGUUUUGCUUUUAGACAUAUUUAGAAGUAGUAAUGCACAUUCUCUGUGCAGGUGAAGUGGUUGACCAGAAAGACAAGGAAUUUCUUUGUUGAUGUAUGUAGCUUUCUAGUUUUGGAUUUUUCCUUCACUGCUUAAGAAGAGUUCAUGGUUCUUUUUUGGAUAAAUCACACCUAUGGCUUUUGAA